UAGAGAGCAAUAGAGAGAGAGAGAGAGAGAGGAGAGUUUUUGUAUGUAAAAAGUAUUUCCGGUAUAUGGAUCCAAGUGGUCAUGACCAAUCAAUGGACAUGACGCAUUUCUGUCGCACUAAAAUAUAACCAAUCACAUGAAAAAAAAAAAUUUAUUUGGUUUAUUGAAAAGAGAGAAAAUAAUAUAUUAAAACAAAGACAAAUAUGAAUUGUUUUUUUUUGCUCUCUCAACAAUGAUCGUCAUCUCACUUUUCCACCCACGUUCACCUUCUUCAUCUAUCGUGUAAAAUUGUGUGUUAAAUCCCACACAUACAACAACAGUGUGUGAAUCAGUUGGACACAAAAACCUUGGUCUUACUUUUGAUAACUUUAUAUAUUAUUUUUGUCAUUAUUUUGUUUAAACUUAAUUUAUAAUAUUGUUUAUAAUUUAUUAUCAUUAAAAACAAUAUAUUGAUAAUAAAUUUAAUCAAGUUAUUGUGUUUAUUUUGUUAAAUGAUAUUUUUUUUUGCUUGGUGAAAAAGUGAAAACGCCAUAGCAACAAAACAACGUUGCAGAACUUGACGCAAAAUCACCAGACAAGCAAAAUGAGCUUCCUAUUUGGAAGCAGAUCUUCCAAGACAUUUAAGCCAAAAAAAAAUAUACCUGAAGGUACACAUCAGUAUGACUUGAUGAAACAUGCUGCUGCAACACUUGGAUCUGGAAAUUUACGUCUUGCUGUUAUGCUACCAGAGGGUGAAGAUUUAAAUGAAUGGGUUGCUGUUAACACUGUAGAUUUUUUCAAUCAAAUAAACAUGUUGUAUGGCACAAUCACAGAAUUUUGUACAGAAGAUAGUUGUCCAAUAAUGUCAGCUGGACCUAAAUAUGAAUAUCAUUGGGCUGAUGGUCAUACUGUUAAAAAACCAAUUAAAUGUUCAGCACCAAAAUAUAUUGAUUAUCUAAUGACAUGGGUACAAGAUCAAUUGGAUGAUGAGACUUUAUUUCCCUCAAAAAUAGGUGUACCAUUUCCAAAAAAUUUUCUUUCUAUUGCAAAGACAAUAUUGAAACGUUUAUUUAGAGUUUAUGCACAUAUUUAUCAUCAACAUUUUAGUGAAGUUGUUCAAUUGGGUGAAGAAGCACAUUUAAAUACAUCAUUUAAACAUUUUAUAUUUUUUGUUCAGGAAUUUAAUUUAAUUGAAAGACGAGAAUUGGCACCACUACAAGAAUUGAUUGAAAAAUUAACAGCCAAGGAUGCACGAUGAAUAAUAAUUGAUUUAAAAUAAUAAUCAUUCAAUCAGAUAUACCGAAAAACCUUCUCCAAAGAAUCUCAACUGGAUUUUUUUGAUGAUUGCUGUUAAAUAACUGUAAAUUUUUUUUUUUUAAUUGAUAUAUUUUGUUUGAAUCGAAAUAUUAAAAUUUACGUGGUAAGUUUUACUCUACAAGUAUUUUUUUUUUUGUUUUUUUUUUUGCACAAUAUUGUCAAUUGAUUAUUUUAUUUUGUUUAAAUUAGAAAAUUAAGAAACAAAUGUUUUUUUUUUUUCUUUGUAAUAUAAUUUUUGUGUUCAAAUGCGUUUCAAUGCAAUCUUUCUCGUGUCUCUCUCAAUUUAUUUAUUAUCAUUAUUUAUUGUUUUUUUUUUUUUCUUAUCUAUCAAAAGCGCUAAUUUAAAUACUCGAAUUUUUUUUAAAUAUAAUUUUAUUUGCUCCAACUGGAUAUAAAUUUAUUAAAAUUCAUGUACAGCAUUUUUUAUUAUUUAUUAUUUUUUUUUUCUCAAAAGGUGCGCAUUUAUUUUGAGUAUACAUAUUUUAUGAAAUUUUUAAAUUCAAGUUUCAUAAAUAACGUCAUAUAAAUUUUGUAUAAACAGUUUUGCUAGUGAUAAAAAAAAUAUACGCGUAGUAACAUAAUUGUGAAUGGAAAAAAAAAAUAAAUAUGUUUUGGAAAAUAUUUAAAAUAAUGAAACAAUGAAUAUUUAAUGAAAAUCAAAUUGAUAAAACAAAUAUAUUUUAUAUGUAAAGAAAAGGAAAUGAAAAGCUUUUGCGAAUGAGCUGUUUUUUUUUUUUUUUAUAAUAUAAAAUUGCCUUGACAUUCGUACAAGUUGUCGUCAAUGUGAUUGAACAAUAUUUUAUUAGUCCAAAUAGCAUUUUAUUAACCGGAAAUUAAAACUAAAUAUACAAAAAUUAAAAAAAAAAAAAAAAUGCGUGAUUAUAAGCUAAUCAUUAAUAAUCUCCAUGAAAUUGAGUAAAAAAUACAAAAAACAAGUCGGCUAUAAUAAUAUUAGUAUUUUAUUAUUUUAUAGAAAUUUAAGUACUUAAUGAAAAAAGGUAGUAGGUUCUAUAAAAAUUAUGAUUAAAUUAAAAAACAAUUAAAGUAAAAAAAAUGUCCAACGAGUCAAGACAUAAUAAAUAAACUCGUCUACUAUUUUGUAAUAUAAUAAUUGAUAGUAAUCAAUUAACAUAAUCACAAGUGCUCGUAGAAAAAAAAAAAUAAGAAAAAUUAAAUUCUUCUUCAUCUAGAUUAUACUUUUUCUGUUUUAUAAUUUUUUUUCCUGAACAAACAAAAAAUUGUUUCUAUUAAUUGUUGAAAAUUUUGCUGAUAUUUAUUAUGUUUUUUCUUUUUUUUUUUUAAAACUUUUUGCAUUAUAAUUCAAUACGAUAUUAUCUAAAAUAAUUUGUAAAUGUUUUAAUGUAUUAUGCGAAGGUGUCUUUUGUAAGAUGUAAGAGACCAAAUUAACGUUAUUGGGGAAAAACAAAAUAAUGACAAACAAAUAACUCUGGUAGAUUUUUUUUUUUUAUCAAUAUUAAUUUUUAUUUUUUAAUCUUGAUAUAUUUUUUGUUUAAAUACCAGAGUUUUUUGAGUCACUGUAAAAAAAACUUAAAGAUUACAAAGAUAUAAACAAAAUAAAAAUUGAUUGUUAUUUUUUUGCUAUACAGCUGUAAUAUUUCCAAUUGUAAAUAAUAUUUUCUCAAUAAACAAAGGCUCGAUGUAAUAUCUCUAUAAAUACUGUUGUCUAUUAUUGAAUAUAUUUUUUUUAAAUAUUAACAAUUUAGAAAAAAUAAUUUAAUAAUAUUAAUUAUAAAUAUUUUUUCUUUUUAUUUUUUUCUUAAAAGAUUGUUUAUUGAUUGACUUAAAAAUAUUAAAAUUUAAAUACGAAUGACGCUUGUAAAUAAAAAUUAUUCACUUAAAAAUUUAAUAUGUAUUAUUUAUAACAAAAUUAGAAUAUACAUUAUUAUUCAUCAAUAUUUACUCAAUGAAUUGUCUAGUUCUCUUGAAAUAUGUUAUUUAAAAUUUUUAAAUAAUUCAAUUAUUAUUUAAAUAAAUAGUAAUUUUUCAAUUUUAAUACUUUUGUCCAUGAAAAUGAAAAAAAAAAAAA